CUAGCACAUUUACCUGAGAACCACUAUCAACGCAUGAGGAGUUCAGAAGUUCCCUCUAUAUUAGCACCAGCAAUCACGGUAUCAUCACACUAUGUAUAGACCAGUCACAGCAUCCCACAAAACUUUCCCACUGUGGGUAAUCAUCCUUGGUGUGCUUGGAGCGCUGGCAGUCCUUGGGGUAACUAUUGGACUCUUAGUUCACUUUCUGGCAGUAGAAGACAAGAUCUACUACUAUCAAGGUAGUUUUAAAGUAUUGAAUAUUCCAUAUGACAGAAAUUAUGAGAGGGAGACAUCACCAGAAAGUAACUACCUCAGUAAAAUCCUCGAGACUAAAAUGGCUGAUGCCUUUCAAAAUUCUAACAUUUACAGACAAUAUAUCAGCUCUCAGAUCAUCACAUUGGUUCCUGAUAGCAAUAGCGUGACUGCAAAUAUAUGGCUGGUGUUCAAGGAUCCCAGGUCAAACAAGGAAAACACUAGAAGGAGAAUUGAAAGCAUAUUACAUCAGAUGCUGGAGAACCAAUCAGAAUCCCUGACUACAGAUCCCAGGACUCUGAAGCUCAUGGAAAUCAGUAAGGUUGAUGCUAAAAAGAUUAUCAACAACCGUUGCGGGAGGCGACCAAGAAUGUCAGCAACCUACGACAGAAUCAAGGGAGGAUCCACUGCUCAGAAAGGGGAAUGGCCAUGGCAAGCGAGUCUUAGAGUGAAUGGCAGACACUACUGUGGGGCAUCACUAAUCGGUGCGAGAUUCCUGCUGACAGCGGCUCACUGCUUUCAAAAAACAAGCAAUCCAAGGAACUUAACUAUAAGCUUUGGCACUGAAGUAACUCCACCCUACAUGCGACAUUAUGUUCAAGAAGUUAUUAUUCACGAAAACUAUGUUAAGGGGGAGCAUCAUGAUGACAUUGCAGUUGUUGUGCUCACUGAAAAAGUUUUAUUCAACAACGAUGUACAUCGGGUUUGUCUUCCGGAAGCCACGCAGAUUUUCCCUCCAGGUGAAGGAGUCGUUGUUACAGGAUGGGGAGCACUUUCACACAACGGUGACUCCCCAAUGUUACUUCAGAAAGCAUCUGUUAAAAUUAUUGAUACAAACACUUGUAAUGCGGAAGAAGCUUACAAUGGUAGGAUAGUGGACACAAUGCUCUGUGCUGGUUACAUGGAAGGCAAUAUAGAUGCUUGCCAGGGUGACUCUGGAGGACCACUGGUUCACCCCAAUUCUAGAGAUAUUUGGUACCUUGUUGGAAUAGUGAGCUGGGGACAUGAAUGUGGUCAAAUCAACAAGCCAGGGGUCUAUAUGAGAGUGACUGCCUACCGUGACUGGAUUGCCUCCAAGACUGGUAUCUAGUAGGAAAUCAUCUUCUAUUACUGAAUGCAUAUCUUUGUUGCCUGGAACUUCUAACUUAUUUAACAUCCAUUUUUUAAAUUCACUUUUUCAUUUUGUGUAUAUGUAUGUUUGCAUGUGCAUGCAUACAUGUGUGUCUGUGCUCAUGCAUUUAUCUGUGCACUCAUACAGAUGCUGAAGUUGAUGUUAAGAGCCAUCCUCAAUAAUUUCACCUUACUAAAUAAGACAGACUCUUGGUCAAAUAAAGAACUCUCAGAUAUGCUCUUA